AAAGAAAAAAAAAAUAAAAGAAAAAAGAAAACUGGAUAAUUACGAAUUUUUAUUAAUUAAUGAACGACAUUAAUUCGAUUUUAAUUAAAAAUCUUGAUUGUUUUCAAUUGUAUGUCAUUUUACAAAAAAGGUUAUAUUAAAGUGGAAUGUAUAUAUCUGAUCACGUCAAAUUCAACAUGACCGCCAUUGCUGCCGAGCAAUUUGACAACGACCUAACGGAAUCGUUGUGGUCGCUGAAGAGAAAAUACAAGGACGGUGUGCCUUCUUAAUUAGUGUACUUAGGUCGGUUGGACUGUAUAAAACGAGAAUUUUAAGAGAAUCUCCUUUGAUUCAAGAGACAAUACGAUAAGUAACGAUAAGCUUUCUUAACUUUUCUCUUCGUGCAACGAACCUUCGUUGUCAAAGGAAAAGAAAAAGAAAGCAAAAGGAACGGAAACGAUUGUAGAACGCGUGUGGCUUCACUCGAAAUAACAUGUCUGAUACGCGACGUCGUCGAAAAUCCAAUCAAUCGUGUGGUUCUGAUGAUCUCUCGGAUUCUUACGAGGAGUUGAACGCCACAAAAGAGACUCAAAGUAGCGAACAAACUGAUGGUCAUCAAGAUUCGGAAUGUGAUGUUUAUGUAACUGAUUCUGAUGUUGAGUCACAAGAAGGUGUAUUGCGAGAAAGUGGAGAUGGACAAGAAGAAGAGAAACCCCAAAAGAAAUUGGACGAUGAUGAAGAUAGACGAAAUCCACAAUAUAUACCUAAACGUGGAACAUUUUAUGAACAUGAUGAUAGAACUACGGAUGAAGUUAUAGAUAAUAAUGCAGAUACUACAAAUGAAAGAGAAACUAAAGAAAAGAAAGUAUGGAAAGAUAAGGAGGAUAGAUGGGAUCAUGAUAGGUAUAAUGAUGAAGAACAAGCUCCAAAGAGUCAUGAAGAAUUGAUAGCAGUGUAUGGUUAUGAUAUUAGAAAUGAAGAAGGUCCACCUAGAGCUAGAAGGAGAAGAAGAUAUGGACGUGGUCCAAAUAAAUAUACACGUAACUGGGAAGAUGAAGAUGCUUAUGGUAAAACUGGUAAUAAUACAUCAUCUAAAAGCAAUAAUAGAAAGUUUAAUAGAAGUGGAGAAGAUUUUCCUGCGCUUGGUACUAAUAAGAAUUCCUCCACAACUGUAGAAGAACCAGUAAUAUCAUCAGCAUGGUAUAAUAGUAAAAGUAAAACUAUAAAUAAAACACAAAACUUUCCACCUUUACAAUCACAGCACGACGGGCAAAAGACAAAAUCUUCCGGAACAUCUGUUGGUCAUACAAAUGAAAACAAAGUUCCAAAUGAGUCCAAUAAUACAGUUUGGAAGAAAGAAGGAAAACAUGGAAAUCAUAAUCAGAAUACAAAUGGAAAUAGUGGAUCUAGUGGAGACGCAGAGAAAUCUGUUGAAACAAAAACUUUACCAAGAGAAAGUAACAAACGGAAUGUACAAGAGUCAACAAAUUUCGGAACAGGCAGAACUCGUGGAAGAGGAUUUAAGGCAAAUGCUAAUAACAAUGUAUUGAGCAAUAGAACAAUUGAAACCAAACCAAAAGGAAGAGGAGCUGGUCCAAUAAAUUCUGAAAAUAGACGAAGUAAUGCAAUACAGCAUGACGAUGAUAAUCAAAUUAUACAUGAUAUGAAAAAUAUUCACAUCAAUGAUGGUGGACAAUAUCAUCAGAGUGGUAAACAUAAUAAAAAUUACUAUGCACAAUCCCCGGGUCAACAAAGAGCAAACACUGUUCCACCAAGAAUGCAGCAACAACAAUCUCAUCAAACACAGUCACAGCAAGGACAUCAGCAGCAACAAACAGUUCAGCAUCAACAACAGCAGGAUAGUUCUGGUAACAGACCAAAGCGGUAUUCCAGCCUUCGUCAACGUCCAACAGUUUCUGAGAAUCCUACACAACAGAAUUAUCAGCCCCCACAUGGACAACAUGGACAACAUACACAACAUCCGCAACAUGCACAACAUGCACAGCACGCACAGCAUGGACAACAUGGACAGCAUGGACAACAUGGACCACAUGGUCAACACAGUCAACAUGGUCAACAUGGAUAUUAUACUCCUCAAGCUGGAAAUCCAAGAGGCGUUCUAGACUCCCAAGGUUAUCCACAAGGACAUUUCGAACAAACUGCACCCGUUGCUGCUCCAGCUGCUCCUAUGGCUGGACAACCAGUAAUACCUUUGCCACCAAAUGGUCAACCUGCUAGCUAUGCUCCACCUCCAUUUUUGGUGCCACCACCUCAGUUUAUACCACCUCAAACUGCUCCUCCUAGCAUAAUUAAUUAUGUUCCUGGACCCAAUGGACCAGCAUUUCAACCAAAUUUUCAAGGCUAUCAAAGUUACACUUCUCCUGUACAGGCACAAGGGCCACCUCCACAAGAAUUAUUCCAACCACAAGGUUGUACUUAUUAUAGUCCUGUGCAACAGCAACAGCAACAACAACAAACAGCUCCUGUAAGACGACCAAAGGCAGCCAUUCCAAUUCUUCCACCCCCAGAUAAUCAGCAACAUCAAAGUAGUCGUGGCAGAGGUAGAAGUACUCAAUCUAAUCAACAAACUAACCAACCUGGUAGUGUACAACAAAGUGAACAAGAAGUUAAAAGUAACUCAGUGGAAAGUGAUCAAAAGACUGUGCCAGGACAGUUUGACAAUCUACAAAAUGAUCAAUCAGAAUCGAUUCAACAAAAGGAAGAAAACUUAAGUAUAAUAUCGAAUAAUAUAGGAAACGAAGAAAGUGUAACUAAAAAUAUUGAUGACGUAAAUACGUCAGUAGAGAUUUCAGUCGUUACAACGGAUAAAAUAGAAGAUAUAAAUAACAAAGAAACACUGAAAACAGUUGAAGAUAGUAAAAGUGUGAUUACUUCAAAGUUUAUACAAUUGGACAUUGAUAAGACUGAUAGUGAACCACCUAAGCUCGAAACUACUGUUCCUGAAACUUCUGUUGUUGAGGAAGCGGUUGCCUAAAUAAUCCACAUGAGAUAUUGAUAGAACGAGUUAUUAGAAUAUCUAAAGGUUCUAUAUAAUAAUUGAGUUGAAAGGAGAUGUGUUAUCGCAAAGAUAUCCUUCUGUUUGCAGUUUUAUAAUGUCUUUUGUAGAGAUAUUACAAAAAGUGAAACUGGGAAUCAAUCAGAUAUUAGCUGUCCCAGCAAGUUGCUUCUUGUAUGCUAUUGUGUACUGAAUAAUCCAGAUUCCUGCUAAUUGCAGGAUGUAUCUGUUACAUAUAAGAUAUACAGGUUUGUCUAAGAUAUUGCAAUUUCCAUUUUGAGUCUCUUUAUGAAUUGUAUCUAAUGUCAAAACAUGAAACUGUAUUAUCAAUAUGUCGAUAAUACACGGAAGUUUGUCAAUUACUUUUCAUAAAUGAGAAUUGAUUAUCUAAUGCCAUUUAAAGAAAUAUGCGAUCUUGAACGUCCAUUUAGGCAAGCCUGUACAACACCAUGUAGCGGAUAUAUAUUAAUUCUUUAUCAAUUAUGUAACUCAGUCAAACUGUGUAAAUUUCUAGUUAUAUCAAAAUUUAUAAGUGAUAAUUACGGUUCCUUAAAUGGCUGGUUUUUAUUAAUUCGUAUUUAACUAUACUGCCAUGUAUUUUACAUUUUGUUUCUUUCAAUAUCCAACAUGUUGCAGUUGUAUUGUACUUUAUAUUGAAUUCCGCUACUUUUUUCCAAUUAGGGAUUGGUGAUUUACGUGUACCGAUAUUUAACAAAUACAUCCUCUAUAUAAUAUAUUCUAAAAUAAGAUAUAGCAUAUUAAAUAAUUAUGCUGUUUGAAAUGACGUUAUAAUUACUAAGAUGCUAAGGAAAAAGAUUUCUCAACAACAUGAUCACUGUAAAUACAAUACAGUUCAGUGCAUAGCUGUUUCAUUAAUUGUCUUAUCGAUCCUUAUGUGAUUCGAAUGAUCUAUUUAAAUGAUUAAAUAAAAAACUUACUUAGCGUAUUUUAAUUGAGACAUAUAACUUUAGUUAUAUAUGAUAUUUAACACUACUAGAAAGAAGCUUUUUUUCUUUUCUUCACAAAAUCUUACGUGCAAAGCAUUUAUUUGAUCAUAUAGAGAAUCAAACAUUAAAAGGAAAAAAAAAAAGAAUAAAAACAAAAGAAAAAGAUAAUACUAAAAAAAAAAAAAAAAAAAGAAAAAAAAAAUAAGAAAAACGAAAUAUUUUGUAUGAAGUCGCGUGAUCUAUAUAUUUUUAAAAUAAACACUGCUAAUGCGUUUUUAGGGAAUAUCCGCAUUUUCGAUCGGUUCUUCCCUUCUGGGUAAAUAAUAACGAUUAUUUAUAUAUACAUAUAUAUAUAUAUAUAUAUAUAUAUAUAUGUAUAAAUAUAUAUAUAUAUAUAUAUAUAUAUAUAUAUAUAUAUAUAUAUUGUUUCUAUUAUUACACUAAAAACGUUGCAGCUUGUAAACAAAAUGUACCGCUAAUAACUUGAUUAUAUAGCUUAUAAGCAAACCAAAAAAAAAAAAAAAGAAAGGAAAUGAAUAGGUUCGGAUAGUCUCUGAUUUAUAUGUCACAUUAAUCCUGUUCUUGUAAUACCUGAUAAGAAAUAGUCGUUCAUAUACAUACAUAAAUCUGUACAAAUAUUCUGAUGUAUGUAUGUAUAAUGGAAUAUAUAAUUUUAUUCCAUUUAUAUACAUCUGAUAUAUACAACAGUAUAUUAUACAGAUUCGAAAUUAUUACCGAAUUCACCUCGGUAGCGUAGAAAAAUGACACUUAUUAAAUUUUGUAGAUAUCGCUCCGUUUAGUAUAUACAACUGUAUCAUAAGAGAAUUGUUAUGAAUACUAAAUAACACCAUUAUUUGCGGAAAUAUACGCUAACAAAUUGUCACUUAA